AUGGACACCAAAAAUACUGUAGAGAAUGAUGUGUCGAGCAUUGGGAAGAUCCAAAAACUCCCGAGUGAGGUUCUUAACGUUCCUCUAGACGGGAUCUGUCCCUCUUUCUCGUUUACAAACCUCGGUGUCGACUCACUCGUCGCCACAGAAUUGUUGAGUAAAUUCAAGAAACGAUUAGGCGCUGCCAUGACGGUAGAAGAUCUUCAAAGUAAACCAAUUUUUAUCUCGCUCAACAACGCUUUCCAGCAUAUUCUUCCAAACUUCAACGGCAGUCCCAAACAGCUGCCACAGAAACCCCUGGCACCCAUUGCCUACGACUGCAUUGUCAAAAACACCAGGUCUGAUUUCGAUGCUGCAGCAUAG